AUGAUUAGAGCUUCAAUUCGUGCCAGUUCGAGGGUUUCUAGCCGUUUACUUGCUUGUAAGAACUGUUAUGUCCCUGUCUCACAAAGAAUCACUAGUGCGUUGGUAUCAGGAUCCGCUGUUAAUAACAACAUUAGAUUCUACUCGGAUAAACCUCAACCAAAGUUGACUGUUGAGAAUUAUCCAAACAUUAAACGUUUGGAAUCAUUCAAGAAGUUGGGUAAGGAAGAUCUAGACUAUUUCAAAACCAUUCUCUCUCAACAAGAGAUCUUGGAAGCGAAUGAAAACGAAGACUUGGCUUUUUAUAAUGAAGAUUGGAUGAGGAAAUACAGAGGCCAAUCCAAACUAGUUCUAAGACCAAAGACUACUGAACAAGUUUCAAAGAUCUUGAAAUACUGUAAUGAACAAAACUUAGCUGUUGUACCACAAGGUGGUAACACUGGUCUUGUUGGUGGCUCUGUACCAGUCUUCGACGAAAUUGUGUUGAGUUUGACUCAGUUGAACAAGAUUAGAGAAUUCGACGAAGUCUCUGGUAUUUUGAAAUGUGAUGCUGGUGUCAUCUUGGAAGCCGCUGAUAUGUUCUUGGCAGAACGUGGCUACAUUUUCCCAAUGGACCUGGGCGCCAAAGGCUCCUGUCAUGUUGGUGGUAUAGUAGCCACUAACGCUGGUGGGCUAAGAUUAUUACGUUAUGGCUCAUUGCAUGGAACAGUAUUGGGCCUAGAGGUAGUGCUACCAAACGGGGAGAUCGUUAACAGUAUGAACGCUUUGAGAAAAGAUAAUACUGGCUAUGAUCUAAAACAAUUAUUUAUCGGAUCUGAAGGUACCAUCGGUGUUGUUACUGGUGUUUCCAUCUUGUGUCCAAUUAGGCCAAAUGCAUUUAAUGUCUCAUUCUUAGGUGUUGAAAGUUACGAAGCUGUUCAAAAAGUUUUCGUUCAAGCCAAGAAGGAGCUGGGUGAGAUUUUGUCAGCCUUUGAAUUCAUGGAUUUGAAAUCUCAAAACUUGACAAAAAUACAUUUAGCAGACAUGGACCAUCCAUUGGCUGAUGACCAUCCAUUCUACAUUUUAAUUGAAACUUCUGGUUCUAAGAAGGAACACGACGAUGCAAAAUUGGAAGCCUUCUUGGAAAGCGCCAUGGAAGACGGUUUGGUCGUUGAUGGUGUUGUUGCUCAAGAUGAAACUGAAUUGAAGAACUUGUGGCAGUGGAGAGAAAUGAUCCCAGAAUCCUCCCAAGCCGGUGGAGGUGUAUACAAAUACGAUGUUUCCUUGCCAUUGAAGGACCUAUAUUCCUUGGUGGACGCUGCAAAUGCCAGAUUAGAGGAACAUGGAUUGUUAAGCAUAGACGACGAGUCCAAGCCAGUGAUAUCCGCCGUUGGAUACGGUCACGUGGGUGAUGGUAAUCUACAUUUGAACGUUGCCGUAAGGAGAUAUACCAAAGAGGUUGAAAAAUGUCUAGAACCAUUUGUUUACGAAUUCGUCUCUUCAAAGAAUGGUUCCAUCAGUGCUGAGCAUGGUCUCGGUUUCCAGAAGAAAAACUACAUCGGAUAUUCUAAGUCCGAACAAGAAAUCAAGAUGAUCAAACAACUGAAGAAUUUGUAUGAUUCAAAUACCAUUCUAAACCCAUACAAGUAUGUUUAG